AUGCAACCUCCUUUUGGGUCUACUAUUCCGACCCAUAAAGUUUGCAAACUGCAACGAGCCUUAUAUGGACUCAAGCAAGCUCCUCGUGCUUGGUUUGCUAAGUUCAGUGCUACUAUACAUGACUUUGGUUUCACUUCCAGCCCCUAUGACUCAGCUUUAUUUAUUCGUACUACUGCUCAAGGAACUACUCUCCUUUUUCUGUAUGUGGAUGAUAUGAUUAUCACCGGAGAUGAUGAGGCCGGUAUUCUUCACCUCAAACAGUUUCUUAGCCAACACUUUGAGAUGAAGGAUCUUGGUACUUUCAAUUAUUUCUUGGGUCUUGAAAUCUCUCAUGAUUCAUCUGGCUAUUUUCUUUCUCAGGCCAAAUAUGCUUCUGAUUUUCUCGCUCGAGUUGCACUUACUGAUUGCAAAACUGCUUCUACUCCCAUUAAUCCUCAGACUCGUCUUACUCCUCUUGAUGGCACUCUUCUUCUUGAUGCUACCCUUUGCUGGCAGUUGGUGGGCAGUCUUAUCUAUCUUACAGUUACUCGACCUAAUCUUUCAUAUGCUGUCCACAUUACUCUCACUGCUCGCUCUAGUACUGAGGCCGAAUAUCGAGCUCUUACAGAUACUACCCAGGAACUUCUAUGGCUCCACUGGCUUCUUGUUGAUAUGGGUGUCGCUUCUAUUGAUGGGACUUCUCUCUACUGUGACAACCAAAGUGCCAUUCAAAUUGCUUAUAAUGAUGUUUUCCACGAUCGCACUAAACAUAUUGAGAUCCACUGUCAUUUUAUCCACCAGCAUGUUACUCGUGGCACAGUCCAACUUCAUUUUAUUGCCUCUGCUGAUCAGCCUGCUGAUAUCUUCACCAAGGCUCAUCCCCCUGGUCCUUUCAGUGACUUAGUUUCCAAACUCAUUGUCAACUCUACCUUGACCACCUUUGACACUAUAGGAUUAGCUUCUUGUAACUUGAGCGAACUCCCAAACUUCUUAAGAGAGCAAACCAGAUUGCGUUCUCUAGACCUUUCAAAUAACAAAAUUCAUGGUGAAGUUCCAAAAUGGUUAUUUAAUGUGGGGAAAGAUUCAUUGCAAAAUUUAAAUCUUUCUCAUAAUUUCCUUAUAAGUUUAGAGCGUCUUCCAUGGAAGAAUCUAUGUCUGAGUUCACUUCUAGUUCUUGAUCUGUCUAAUAACAGUUUGAGUGGCUUGAUUCCACAAUGUUUGGGAAACUUGAGCAACAAUCUCUCGGUGCUGAAUUUAGGGAUCAAUAGCUUUUCUAGCACCUUUACUGCAACAUUUACCAAAGAAUUACAAGUUCUUGUCUUGAGGUUUAAUAGGUUUCAUGGUCACAUAGGCACCUUCACGACCAAGAGCAAACAUCCGUUCCCUAAGUUGAGAAUUAUCGACAUAUCUUACAAUGAGUUCACUAGGCUUUUGCCAACAAAUUAUAUCAAACAAUUUGAAGCUAUGACGAAUGUGGAUGAACAUGAAUUGAAAUUGAAAUACAUGGGUGAAUACUAUUAUCAAGAUUCUGUGGUGGUAAUGAUGAAAGGAUAUGAAAUUGAAUAUUCAAGAAUCUUAACGGUCUUCUCAAUCAUUGAUUUAUCAAGAAACAAAUUCCAAGGAGAGAUUCUGAAGUCCAUUGAGAAGCUUAAUUCGCUUCGAGGUCUUAACUUAUCUCGUAACAACCUUACAGGCCAUAUCCCUACUUCACUUGGAAAGUUAACAAACCUUGAAUCAUUGGACCUUUCCUUAAACGAGUUUGUUGGGAAGAUUCCGCAGCAACUGGCAAGUCUAACAUUUCUUGAGGUACUAAAUCUUUCAGAUAACCAACUAGUGGGACGAAUUCCUCAAGGGAGCCAAUUUAAUACAUUUGGGAAUGAUUCAUACAAUGGAAACUUGGCCUUAUGUGGAUUUCCCUUAUCAAAGAUAUGUGAGAAACAACAGCCAUUGCCACCUUCACCAACACUCCAACAUGAUGAAAAUUCAGAUUGGGAGGGCGGAUUUAACUGGAAAGUGUUGUUGUGA